AUGGUGCACUGGGGUACAGUGUUCGUGACGGUGACUGCAGCCAGUUUCCUGCUCGGCCGGCGGGAGCUGCCGAAACUCGGGCGCUUCGUAGGGCUCUACACGGGCCGCUCGAUCGGUGCGAUCAUCCGCGCCAAGAGCGAGUUCUUUGACGCGACGAGGGACAACGACCUCGUCAAGCUCCAGCGCGAGUUCCAGCGCGGGAUCGAAGAGCUCAAUGACAUCCGCUCGGAGCUCACGAGCGUGGGCCGAAUGCGGCGGCCGUUCGAGCCUCUUGGAAAAGUAUCCAAGCGCGGGGGCCACGCGGGUACGAGUGGUACAGUGACCCCCUCGUCUGUGUCACACUCUGUACCCGCGGCACCAACGGCACUGCACGGAGGUCGCUCGAGUGUCGCACUAGCGUCGACGGCCGAGUACAGCGCGCAAGACACGAGUCGACGCAAUGUCGAAGCAAGUUUGGCCCUGGCCGAAGUGAAGCUGCAAGAAGAGGGCAAGUUUGCGACCCGCGUGGAGAGUGUGGAAGGAGGCGCCGACUACGUCUCGGCGAGCAUCAUGGACAGUCUGUUGCUGGACUCGAAGAAGACAACGACGUAG